GGCUCUUUGCAACAAACAGACUCCCAUCACUGGCCUGCCGGAGAAAGCCGAAUCCCCAAAUCUAUAGAAGCCGGAAAAGCGCCGCCGCAGUCCCUCCGUUUUGGGGAACCAUUCACCGGCGAUAUAUCCCUUCAUCUUACCCUAAACAAGAAGAAAACGUUCACACUGUUCUAUUUCUCUCCCUCGAGAUUGCGUCUCUUUCAUGAAGUAAGUCCUUCCUGAAAACUCUCGUUCAACAGUCGAAGAAGGGUCUCGAGAGGUGCCUUUUGUGGUCCAUCUUCAUCUCUGAGCUGCGAGGGUUUGUACGGCGGCAAACCGUAUGGCAACUGCUGAAUCCUCUUCAGCUCUUGGGCCUGUGUAUGCUCCAGAUGACCCUACUCUACCUAAACCAUGGAUGGGAGUGAUUGAUAGAAGCACUAAUGUAAUGUACUACUGGAAUCCUGAGACCAAUGUCACACAGUAUGAGAAGCCAUCCUCUUUGCCUCCACCUUUGCCACCCGGCAUGCCUCCAACUGGUUCAACCCCUAAAUUGGCUCAGAUACCAGUGCCUCAUUCAGCACAACUUAAUGGGAUGGCCGGUCAUGGUGCCCAGCAGGCUGUACAACCUUCUCAGCAGCAGGGACAACAGGUCGGUCAAUUGCAUCACCAGGCUCACUCCACGCAACCAGUAAUGCAACAACCACAAGGGCAGCAGAUCAAUGCCUAUUCUCAACAUCCUCAAGCAACACAACAGCAAGGACAACUCGUUGCGCAACAACAAGUUUCUAGCUAUCAUGGCGCACAAUCGGGGCAGGUUGCGCAACAACAAGGGCAGGGAAGUACUCAAAUGAUGCAGCAUCCCAGUCAGCAAAUGUUAUCGCAUAUGGGGCAGCAAAUGCCUCAACCUUCGGGCCAGCAGUUGUCACAGCAAUCAGGCCAACCUAUGCCGCAGCAUGCUGCUCAGCAAAUGCCCCAGCAGAUAGGCCAGCACAUGCUACAGCAUCAGAGCUCACAGAUGCAACAAUCACAAGGACAAUUUGGCUAUCAGAAAAUGCAGUACAUGCCAUAUCAACAAAGCAUGCCUCAACCUGCCCAGCAGUAUGCAAACCAACAUACAUCCUCAUUGCCAAGAACAGAGGAAGCUGACCACCAACAGGCUAGCCAGACUGGCUAUCCUACUACUCAGUAUCUUCCUACUGGCGGAUCGUCGGCUCAAAACUUGCCAGUUGGAAACAAUCCACUCUCCAUGCCCCCUGGAGGUGCUCAAUUCAAUCGAGGUCAGCAAUUUGCUGGCCCUUCUGGACCUGAUUUAGCCUAUCCACCACCAACUCAAAGGCAGCAAAAUCACAUGGGCCCUCCUGGAACCCACAAUCAGCAACCUAACAUGCCUCAUGCAGGAUUGAAGAUGGGCUACGAGAAUAAUGCCCCUGGUAGGGCUGGCAAUGACUACUAUAUGAAUGCGAAAAUGGAGGGUACUAUGAUGAGUCCUCAUCAGCCGAACGGUGCUGGUAUGCCUAUGGCAAGGAAUCAACAGGAUGCUAGAAUGGCUGUUGCCCCAUUUCAAAGUGCUGGACCUGCUUAUUCAAGUGGAUUUAGUCCACCUGAGCAUACAAUGCACAACCUGUAUAAACAUGGAAAUAGUGGUGCACAGUUUCCUUCUGGUGGAAUGAUGAUGCCUCCUUUCAGUGGACCUGCAGACAUUACAAACUCCUCGCCUGCUGAUGCUUAUCGCCAAAAGCAUGAAGUCACAGCAAUGGGUGACAAUGUUCCCGCGCCUUUCAUGACAUUUGAUGACACUGGUUUCCCUCCUGAGAUAUUGAGAGACGUGCGAUAUCUGCUCCAGAGGAGGAGCAUAUGUCGUACGCUGCUCUGCCAACUAAUACAUGCAACAACCUAUUCUGAUUUUUGGAGGCUGCAAAACUGGACAGUUGGAGCCUUUGUUGUGCAUCUUCCAGAAGGGUGGUUGGCCUUUGACCAAUUCACACCUGAAAUGCUCCUCAUUUGUCUUUAUCUGCCUCUCUUUAGUUGCUUCAAGUUGCUUCUUAUCAAUAGAGCAUAUGUGUAUAAUUUUCCCGAGUCUAAUGUCUGCACAUCUGUUUUGUCUCAGAUACAUUCUGCUGGCUUCAUGUGUCCUACCCCAAUCCAGGCACAAACAUGGCCAAUUGCACUGCAGAGUAGAGAUAUAGUUGCCAUUGCUAAGACAGGUUCUGGAAAAACGCUGGGUUACUUGAUCCCAGCCUUUGUCCUUCUAAGACAGCGUCAUAACAAUCCUCAGAAUGGUCCCACCGUGUUGGUUUUGGCGCCAACCAGAGAGCUCGCCACACAAAUUCAAGAGGAGGUGAACAAAUUUGGGCGAUCGUCUAGGGUCUCUUGCACGUGCUUGUAUGGUGGUGCACCAAAGGGACCUCAACUGAAUGAACUAGAUCGAGGAGCAGAUAUUGUUGUAGCAACUCCUGGCCGACUUAAUGAUAUCCUUGAAAUGAAAAAAAUCGACUUCCGUCAAGUUUCGCUCCUUGUUCUUGAUGAAGCAGACAGAAUGCUCGAUAUGGGUUUCGAACCUCAGGUACGUAAGAUUGUGAGUGAAAUGCCCCCACGAAGACAAACACUUAUGUACACUGCAACGUGGCCAAAAGAGGUGAGGAAAAUAGCAGGUGAUCUUCUUGUCAAUCCUGUUCAAGUCAACAUUGGCAAUGUUGAUGAACUUGCUGCUAACAAAUCCAUCACACAGAUUGUGGAGAUAGUCCCUCACAUGGAGAAAGAUAGGCGCCUAGACCAGAUCCUGAGAGCACAAGAGAGAGGAUCAAAGGUCAUUAUCUUCUGUUCCACUAAGAGAUUGUGUGACCAACUUGCACGAGGUAUUGGGCGCCAUUUCGGUGCCAAUGCAAUCCAUGGAGACAAGUCCCAAGGAGAAAGAGACUGGGUUUUAAACCAGUUCAGGAGUGGUAUGUCUCCUGUCUUGGUUGCCACUGAUGUUGCCGCCCGUGGUCUUGACAUCAAGGACAUUAGGGUCGUGAUCAACUAUGAUUUCCCUACUGGAAUCGAGGACUACGUUCAUCGAAUUGGCAGAACUGGAAGGGCAGGUGCUACUGGCGUGUCCUACACCUUCUUCUCCGAGCAAGACUGGAAGCACGCACCUGAUCUAAUCAAAGUCUUGGAGGGAGCCAACCAGCAGGUGCCCCCAGAAGUGCGGGACAUCGCUUCACGUGGUGGCCCUGGCUUCUCGAAAGACAGAGGUGGGAUGAACCGGUUCGAUCCUGCUCCAACUGGUGGUGCUGGAGGGCGUUGGGAUGCUGGAGGCCGUGGAGGUAUUGGGAUGAGGGAUGGUGGUGGGUAUGGUGGUCGUGGCGGUGGGAUGAGGGAUUUUGGCCCGCGCGGUGGUCCACCAAUGAGGGAUGGAGGGUUUAGUGGCCGAGGUGGUGGAAUGAGGGAUGAAGGCUUUGGAGGUCGUAGUGGUGGUGGAAGGGAUGGUGGUCCUUUUGGUGGCCAACGAAAUGACAUGUUUCCCGGUCGCGGAAACAGAGGCCGAGGAGGAGGGUUCGGCGGUAGCCCCUCUGGCUGGGGCGGCAGAAACGAUCGUUUCAACAAUAUGGACAACCGUGGACCCCCCGAUCGCUUCAACAGCAUGGACAACCGUGGACGUGGCGGUCGUGGUGGCAGUGGCAGGGGAGGAAGAUUUGAUGGGAGGAGGGAGAUGAGCAACAACCGGAGUACUAGGGGUAGAAGCCCCAGCCGCAGCCGUAGCAGAAGCCGAAGCUGGAGCCGGAGCAGAAGCAGAAGCCGGUCUAGAGAUAGGAGUCGAAGCUACAGCCGCAGUCGCAGCCCAAGACGUAGCCGUAGCUACAGCAGGAGCCCCCGCCGCAGUCGUAGCUUCAGCCGUAGCCCUGAUCAGAGUGGUGAAAGAUAUGUGAGGCGCGAGAGGCAGCGAGAGUCGUUGUUUGACGUGAAGGAGGUUCCAGCUGCUGAAGGUGUGGUGGCAGCUUCUGAAUCAAUCCUGCCAGUUGCAUCUCCGGGUCUAGAUGCUAAAUUGGCUCUUCCUGAAGCAGAGCAGCAGCAGCAGCUGCCCCCGGCGGAGGCUGCUCUGCCAGCUUCUGAGAAUGCUGGGAACGUGGUGCCUGUCGACGAUGGAGGAGGAGCUGCCGACGGACUUGAACCAGCUGCCGACGAUUAGGGUGUGCCUUGGCUUGAUGUGGUUGUUGCUUUGAGGAGAAGGGUUUGUGAUUUGGAGAUUUUGCCCAUUUGGCUGUAGAUGCAGGUUAAGGUAUUCACUAUUCAGUAAUAGCACUGCCGAGCAACGCUUGCCAAAAAAACACUAGAAAAGACUAUAAAUUUAGCAAUCCUCGGAGAUUAUUUUUUUAGUUUGAGCCGUAUUGUUCGACACUAGCAGCUUUCGUGAUCGUUUUGAUACUGCUCUCCGUUGUCUUUCAACUCAAAUGCACAUUAGAUUUACCAUCAAACGUGCAAUAGAUUUGAUAACGAGUCAGCCUACGAAACACACGACCGCAGUUCAAAUGAAACUACUGUAUGCCAUAUUUGUAUCAGUUGCUUGCGAUAGAGUACUUGGUCAAGAAACUACGUC